AUGAGCACCGACAAUGGAAAAAAGCUGUUUGUCAAAAGUUGCGCACAAUGCCAUUCCAUAGAGGCAGGAGGGAAGCACAAAGUCGGGCCUAAUCUGAACGGGCUCUUCGGCCGUAAGUCUGGCACCGCUGCUGGGUUCAGCUACUCGGACGCUAUGAAGAAUAAAGGAGUUACGUGGAACGACGCAGCGUUGAGUGAAUACCUUGCUAACCCAAAGAAAUACGUCCCUGGCACAAAGAUGGUGUUCGCGGGGCUUAAAAAGCCAGCAGAUAUAGCAGAUCUCGUCGCAUAUCUUAAGAGCGCUUCGAAGUAA